AUGCUGCCUAAUCUGAGCAAUUGUGGGAUUAGCCCUCAAUGGAGGUGGUUCAAUGUCAUUUUCAACUACACUCUACAAGUCUUGAGCUUGAAGCUUGACUACCCAAAUGUGGUAGUUUUCACCAGCAAAUACUGGAGGUGGUGGAGGCCAAUGCUCAACACUUUGGAGUAUCUAGAUCUCCACUCUAACAAACUUAAUGGUCCCAUGGACCCAAUCCAAGAGCCUAAUCUUGUCCUCCUCAACCUUCCUUUUCUUGACCUUUCAUUUAAUAACUUGAGUGGCAAUAUCAAGUCAUGCAUGCUUGUGAAGCUUAGGAAUCUAAGCUUACUUGAUCUUUCACAUAACAACUUACUAUCAUUAACUAGCUGCAAUUAUGGUGCCAAUUCUACACUACCCAUGAUAAUUGAGUUUCAUUUCUCUUCUUGCAACAUGCAACGUUUCCCAAGCUUCUUGAAUGCAUCCAAGUACUUGCAACUUUUAGAUCUUUCUAAUAACCAAAUUCAUCGUUCUAUUACAAAAUGGGAAGCCGAAGGAUGGGAGAACUUGACCACUUUGAACCUUUUUAUGAACUUCUUGAUUAGCGUUGAGAAAAUUCCAGGGAAGCAUCUGUAUUUUCUGGAACUUAGCUCCAAUUCACUUCGAGGACCAUUUCCAACUCCACCACAGAAUUUGAGUUUUUUAUUAAUCUCAAACAAUGAGUUGGUUGGAGAAAUCCCUUCCAAGAUUUGCAAUUUGAGUUUUCUUUCCGUACUUGACUUGUCUAAGAACAAGUUGGGUGGAACUAUUCCAGAUUGUUUUGGGACUUUUGGGAACAAGCUUUCAAUGAUUUUGAGAACACUUAAUCUCAAUGGUAACCAGCUUGAAGGAUCAAUUCCGCAGUCAUUAAAGAUCUGCUUCAAUUUGGAAGUUUUAGAUUUGGGCAACAACAACAUAAAUGAUACAUUUCCUUAUUGGUUAGAUACGCUUACUAAUCUUGAAGUUCUUGUCCUUCGAUCUAAUAGAUUCCAUGGUGGCAUUCAAAAUUUCAAUAGAACAUUUUCCUUCAGAAAUCUUCAAAUGAUUGAUCUCUCUCGAAAUGAGUUCACUGGUCACAUCCCACCCGAGCUAUUUGAAAAUUUAAAAUCAAUGAAAGAUAUUCAGGUAGACGAAAGUGGCCCAGAGUACAUUGGAGGAGAUUAUUAUCAAGACUCUGCAAUUAUAACAAUGAAAGGGUCAGAUUUCAAACUUGAGAGAAUUUUAACUUUUUUCACAAUUAUUGAUUUUUCAAGCAACCAUUUCAAGGGGUCGAUUCCUAAAGAAGUUGGAGAACUUAACUCACUCAUUGUGCUCAACUUCUCGCACAAUAGAUUAGCAGGUAAUAUCCCACCAUCACUUGGAAAAAUGACAGCACUUGAAUCAUUGGAUCUCUCAUCAAACAAGCUUCAAGGAAAAAUCCCAGUGCAGUUAACUAUACCAUUAGCUAAUCAUUUUGAUACUUUCUCAAAUGAUUCCUUCGAUGGCAACUCCGGGUUAUGUGGAUUUCCAUUGUCAAAGAAAUGUGGCAACAAUCAGGAACUAGAAUCAUCUCCAUCAACAGUUGCGGACGACUCUGAAACAACACUUGUUUGGAAAAUUGCAGCAAUGGGUUAUGGAAGUGGACUAGUGCUUGGAUUGAGUAUGGGAUACAUAGUUUUCACAACUGGGAAACCCUAUUGGCUAGUGAAGAUGAUCAAGCGAAACCCACAAGAGAGAGGAAGGAUCCAUCAAAAUGGAAGGAGAAAGAAUUAG